AUGUCGACCGAAGCUACAAUGAAUGGAAACCAUGGAGCUGGAGGAAGCGAACACCAACAAAAUGGAUCUACUUUUGCUGCUGCCAAAACAUCGGUGUUGACUCCUGUUUCGACCUCGGGGGUGAUGCCUCAGGCCGAUAAGUCAGAGAAAUUUAAAGGCUCUGAAUUUAAACGUUGGCAACAAAAGAUGUUGUUCUACCUAACUACGUUAGGUGUUGCCAACUUCCUCACGGAAGAUGCGCCAGUCGUAUCUGAGGAAGAGACGGACUUCCAUGUCCGGAAUGCCUAUGAUGCUUGGCAUCAAGGCUAUUUCUUGUGCAAGAAUUAUGUCCUGAACUGCUUAGAGGAUAGUCUUUAUUCUAUCUUCGCAGGGACUAAGACCUCAAAAGAGUUGUGGGAGGCUCUUGACAAGAAGUACCGCGUCGAGGACGCCGGUACAAAAAAGUAUGUAGUUGUAAAAUUUUUGGACUAUAAGAUGGUGGACUCUCGUUCAGUGGUGGUGCAUGCCGAAGAGCUGCAAAUCAUAAUCCAUGAUGUCCACGCUGAAGGAAUGGUCUUACCAGAUCAGUUCAUUGUUGCGGCAAUGAUUGAGAAACUUCCUUCGGGCUGGACAGAUUUUAAAAAUUAUCUGAAGCACAAACGAGAGGAGAUGAAGCCUGAAGACCUGAUUGUUCGUCUUCGUGUCGAAGAGGACAACAGGCGCUAUCAUCAGAAGCCGGGAAGCUCGGAAGACUCAAAGGCAAAUCUGAUAGAGCGAGGAAGAUCCUCAAAACGUCCCCGCCCAAAUGAAAAAAGAUAA